CUCCAAGACAAUCUAAAUGAAGAACAUGAAGGCCAUCCGCCUCUUUCUACUGAACUUGCCUGUUGUGCUUGGCAUGGGGCACUGGUGUGAUCACACAGUUGAGGAACGGGAGGAAAGGAUCAUCUCUCCCCGUUUACAGCGUGAAGUGGACUGCUCUAGUGUGUAUCAGUACAACUUGCAGGGCUGGAGGCUAGAUGUGGACAGGAUGCGCCGUGAGCACGGAGGGGACGAUGGCAUUGCUGAAUACUACAGGCAACUGGGCGCCAAGGCUUCCUGCUAUCUAUACAAGCCAGCAGUGCUGGAGACCCAGUCUGUGAAUCGCACUGUGCGGAGGUGUUGUGAAGGCUGGAGUGGUCCUCGCUGCUCACAGGAGGUGGGGGCCAGAGGACAUUGUUACUCCACGUGGCGGUGUGAAGAGUUCCCUGGAGUGCACAACUCCUCCCUGAUGGUCCUGGAGCAGUGCUGUGGCAGCCAGUGGGGUCUCAGCUGGAAGAACGCCUCUGACCACAUGUGUCUGUCCUGUACCUACACACUGUUGCCUGACUCCCAGUCCUACCCUCUGCUGCGAGGGGGCUUGCUGGGGGGGCUUCGGGGCCCCCGGGGCUCAGCAACUUGCCUGACCUGGGGAGGGGUUCAUUACCGCACCUUCGACCGAACACACUUCCAUUUCCAGGGCAGCUGCACCUACGUCCUGGCCUCAUCCACUGACGGAACCUGGGCGGUGUACAUCAGUACUGUGUGCGAGAGCCGUGGGCGAUGCAGCAAGGCUUUGCGAAUGAUGUUAGGUCUCGACCUGGUGUCCAUCCAUCAAAGGAACAUAACUCUCAACGGCCACUUGGUUCCUCAGGGGAAGCCCCUAUUCCAGAAUGGGGUGAGCUUCCAAUGGCUGGGAGACUUUGUCUUUGUGGAGAGCGGCCUUGGCGUAAGAGUAAAGUUUGACAGGGCCAACACCAUCUAUCUGACCAUCACUGCAGAGCACAUGACUGCUACUAGGGGACUAUGUGGAGUCUACAACAAUAAAGCUGAUGAUGACUUCACUACACUAGCAGGACACGUGUCCCAGUAUGCAGCCAGCUUUGGGAACUCAUGGCGUGUGCCAGACCAGCAGCCUGAGGAGUGCAGUGAUGCGGCAGAGCUGGGCCACAGCUGUGACCUUGUUGGUGACGCGUCUCUGCGCAGGGAAGCUGAGGUGAUGUGUAGCAGGCUGCUGGAGAAGCCCUUCACCCAGUGUCACCGGCUGGUGGAUCCUGCACCCUAUGUUGACGCUUGCCGGUACCUGUGGUGCAGCCUGGUGGCCGAGGAGCGAGAGGGGGCGAGCUGCGACACGAUGGCCAGCUAUGCUCGCGAGUGUGCCCAGCAGCACAUCAUCAUCAGCUGGAGGAGCCCGGGGAACUGCGAGAGGACAUGUCCACAGGGGCAGGUGUUCUCCGACUGCGUGACAUCCUGCCCUCCCAGCUGCUCCUCCCCUUUGCCUCCUGGGCACGGACAGUGCCGGGAGGAAUGUGUGGGGGGAUGCGAGUGUCCCCCGGGUCUCUUCCUGCACUGGGGCACAUGUCUGUCCAGGGAAGACUGCCCAUGCUUCCAUCGCCGACACACCUACCACCCAGGGGACACCAUCAAGCAGAGGUGCAACACCUGUGUGUGCAGUGCUGGGCAAUGGCAGUGUUCCAGUGAGAAAUGUGCUGCUCAGUGCAGCCUUCUGGGCGGUUUACAAGUGACCACCUUUGACCAGAAGAGGUAUACCCUGCAGGGCGGUGACUGCAGCUUCACUGCAGUGGAGGACUUUGUGGAUGGGAAGCUGCUGGUGACCAUGAAGAGUGGGCCGUGUGUGACAGGGGGGCAGCAGGGCUGCCUGAGAGAGAUGUCCAUCACCGCACUCCACACCACCGUGACCAUUUCUGACACCGGUGCAGUGAUGCUGAAAGGUCAGCGGGAGGCCCUCCCCGUGGUGACAGCUGACCUGGCGGUCCGGCGUGCCUCCUCCUCUUUCCUUGUAAUCCAGGCCUUUGGGGCCAUGCUGCUGUGGUACCUUGACGGACCUUUUGCCCUGGUCACCCUCCAGCCUGGAUUUGCCCAUAAGGUUCGAGGGCUAUGUGGCACGCUGACUUGGAGUCAGUCUGACGACUUCACCACCCCCGAGGGAGACAUAGAGAACAGUGUUUUCUCAUUCGCCAGCAAAUUUGCCCUGGGGGGCUGCCAGCCUGCCCCAACAGUGGGCCUUGACCCCUGUGCCACCUAUACUCAGAGAAGGCGAUUUGCAGAGGGCAUCUGCGCUGUCAUCCACAGCACUGUGUUCCAGUCCUGCCACGAUGCGGUGGAGAGGGAGCCAUAUGUGCUCCUGUGCCACACGGAGGUGUGUGGGUGCGACCCCCAUGGGCAGUGCCAUUGCACCGCCCUCACUGCCUAUGCCCGCCACUGUGCCCAAGAGGGGGUGCCCAUCCGCUGGAGGAAUCACACUUUCUGUCAGGUACAGUGCGCUGGGGGGCAGGUGUACCAAGAAUGUGGACCCUCCUGCGGGGGCACCUGCACAGACUUGCGCCAGGGCUGGAGUUGUGAAGGGGAGGCCUCCAGCUGUGUGCCAGGCUGCCAGUGCCCAUCUGGGCUGGUGCAGGACGACCAUGGGCAGUGUGUGCCCAUCGUCAUGUGUCCUUGCAUACACAGAGACAAAGUGUACCAACCUGGCAGCACCGUACAGAACAAUUGCAACACCUGCGUCUGCGAUCGAGGGGUGUGGAACUGCACCCAGGAUCGCUGUCCUGCGCUGAACCGGUGCCCCAGGGGGCUGCUUUACGCUCCUCGCUCCUGCCUGCGCACCUGCUCGAGCCUGGACGUUCCCUCGGAACCCUGCGCUGCUCCCCUGCAGGGCUGCGUCUGCCCCAACGGAACCGUACUGCUGGACGACCGCUGCGUGCCACCCACGGACUGUCCUUGUCACCACAACGGCAGACUGCACUACAACAAUGACACCAUCAGCAGGGACUGCAACAUAUGCGUGUGUUGGGAGCGGCACUGGCAUUGUGGACAUGCCCUCUGCGCGGGCACCUGCGUGGCUACGGGUGACCCCCACUACGUGAGCUUCGAUGGGCGCUUCUUCUCCUUCAUGGGGGACUGUGAGUAUAUACUGGCACAGGAGAGCAACGGCCAGUUCAGCGUCAGUGCUGAGAACGUGCCCUGUGGCACCAGCAGGGUCAGCUGCACCAAGUCUGUCACCUUCACCGUGGGCAACACUGCCAUUCACCUGCUCAGAGGAAAAGCAGUGUCUGUGAACGGCGUUCCCGUGACCCUCCCCAAGACAUACUCCGGCAGCGGACUGCAGCUGGAGCGAAUCGGCCUCUUUGUGUCCCUCUCCUCUCGGCUCGGGGUCUCUCUACUGUGGGACGGAGGCAUGCGGCUCUACAUCCGCCUCGCCCCCAAGUUCCGGGGCCGAGUCGGGGGGCUCUGCGGGAACUUUGACGGGGACACCGAAAACGACUUCGCCACGCGACAGAGCAUCGUGGAGUCCACUUCCGAGCUCUUCGGCAACUCCUGGAAAGUGAACCCAUCUUGUCCCGACAUCCAGACUGAGGACCUCCGGAACCCGUGCACCGAGAACCCUCACCGGGUGACAUGGGCGAGGAAGCGCUGCGCCGUCAUCGGCCAGGAGCUCUUCUCCCCGUGCCACGCAGAGGUGCCCUUCCAGCAGUUCUACGACUGGUGUGUCUUCGACGCCUGUGGCUGCGACUCGGGCGGUGACUGCGAGUGUCUCUGCACGGCCAUCGCCGCCUACGCCGAGGAGUGCAACCGCAGGGGCGUCUACAUCCGCUGGAGGUCCCAGGAGCUCUGCCCCCUGCAGUGCGAGAACGGACAGGUGUACCAAGCCUGCGGCCAGGCCUGCGCGCCCACCUGCCCCAGCUAUGCACGGAGCCCCGAGUCCCCCUGCAGCGCCCUCUCGUGCGUGGAGGGCUGCUUCUGCGCCCCGGGGACCGUGUGGAAUGGCGAUGGAUGCGUCGCUCCCUCCUCUUGCCCCUGUGAGUGGGGCGGCUCCCAGUUUCCCCCAGGGGCCUACAUCCAUCAGAACUGUCAGAACUGCACGUGCCAAGCUGGAAGCUGGCAGUGCGAGGGCUCUCCAUGCGUCCCCUCGCCACCCUGUCUCGAGUCCGAGUACCGGUGCGCGGGGGGGCGCUGCAUCCCGUCACUAUGGGUGUGUGACAAUGAGGACGACUGCGGCGAUGGCUCAGAUGAGCAGUGUCCAGCCACCUACUGCGGCGAGGGCUGCGGGCCCGGGGAGUUCCUUUGUGCGGGUGGCCCCUGCGUGCCGUACCUUCACCGUUGCGAUGGGCAUGAGGACUGCGCCGACCUGAGCGACGAGCGGGGGUGUGCGUGCGCGCCGGGGGAGUUGCAGUGCCCCGACGGUCAGUGCAUACCCGCCGAGAGGGUGUGUGAUGGGACCAGGGACUGCCCCUCUGGCACGGAUGAGGACGUCUGUCUCGGCGGAGUGACCUGCGCUCCAGGUCAGUUCUCCUGCGCCGAUGGAACCUGCGUGUCGCGGCUCCGGCUCUGCGAUGGUCUGGCCGAUUGUCUGGGGGGGGAGGAUGAGAAUCACACCGGCUGCCGAGAUGUCACAACCGCGCCAGUCACCAAGGCCCCACCGGUGUCGCCCCUCUCCCCACCCGUGCCCACGCCUAGCUGCAGGCAGCACGAGUUUCGCUGUGCCAGUGGCCACUGCAUCCCACUGGCCUGGCGCUGCGAUGGGGAGACAGACUGCCCAGAUGGAGAUGAUGAGCUGGCCUGUGGGGGGCGCUGCAGCCCAGGUCAGUUCCCCUGCCUGUACGGGGGGCAGUGUGUGGACCACCAGCAGCUGUACAAGACUGUCCCACCACCACCCACCCACAGGAACACGAGCCAGGCCUGCCCAGAGCACACCUGCCUCGAUGGCACCUGUCUUACUUUCAAAGAGGUUUGCAAUGGCAUCCCGGAAUGUCCCGAUGGAGCACUAGGACUGGGGAGAAGCCCCUCGGAUGAAGAGGGCUGCCGGAGCUGGGGCCCCUGGGGGCCCUGGGGGCCCUGUAGCCACUCCUGUGGGUCUGGAUUCCAGAGCAGGCAGAGACGGUGUCCCCCAGGAGAUUCUCUCCGUCAGUGCAGAGGAGAGGACGUGCAGAAGCAGGACUGCUUUUCCGUCUCCUGCCCAGUUGAUGGAGCGUGGUUGCCAUGGGUUACGUGGUCAAACUGCUCCGAGGGGUGCGGCGGUGUCGUCAUACGACAGAGGGAGUGUUUCCCACCUCGGAACGGGGGCAGGACUUGCACAGAGCUGCCUGAAGAGUCACCCAUUGCCACCGAAAUCGAACCCUGCCCCCGGGACGGAUGUGCCAACACCACAUGCCACGGCGAACUCAUUCCAAGGACCUGUGUCCCCUGCCCCCUCACCUGCACCCACCUGGCCAGCGAGAGCGCCUGUGAUGGUAACGCCAGCUGCUUUACAGGAUGCUGGUGCCCUGAGGACAAGGUGAUGAACCAUGCCCACCUGUGUGUGAGGCCAGAGGAGUGCCUGUGUGAAGUUUCCGGGGUGCGCUACUGGCCUGGGCAGCAGGUGAAGGUGGGCUGUGAGAUCUGUACCUGUGACAGAGGAAGACCCCAGCACUGCAGACCCAACCCUGAGUGCUCAGUGCAUUGUGGGUGGUCGGCUUGGUCUCCGUGGGGGGAGUGCCUGGGGCCGUGCGGCGUUCAGUCUGUGCAGUGGUCCUUCCGCAGUCCCAACAAUCCCAGCAAGCACGGCAACGGGCGCCAGUGUCGGGGCAUCUACCGCAAGGCCCGCCGGUGUCAGACAGAGCCCUGCAAGGAGUGUGAGUUCAAGGGCCGGGGCUACACUGUAGGGGAGCACUGGAAGACGGGACCGUGCCAGCUGUGCCACUGCCGGCCCAACCUGACCAUUCGCUGCAGCCCCUACUGCCCGCACGCUGCUGGCUGCCCCCAGGGACAGACACUGAUACGAGGAGAGGGAGAGCAGUGUUGCUACUGCCAUAAUGCUACCAUGUCCCCUGUUCCUGUCAGCACUGUGACUUCCGCACCUAGAGAGCCGCCCACACCCCCGAUCCCCACAUUUCCCCUCCCAGCUGAAGAGGAAUGCUGGACUCCUCUUGGGGUUCAGCACCUCCCAGACUCCAGUUUCAGUGCCUCCUCCUACCAGCAAGGUCAUCCGCCAUCAGCGGGGCGACUCUUUGCCCGUAACUCCCACAGCGAUCUGCAGGGAUGGAGCCCCGAACCCGAUCAGUACCGUGAACUACCGCGAUGGGUCCCUGAGGGUCAUUACAGUGGCCACAGUGUGCAGCCCCCGUACCUGCAGCUGGACAUGCUGCAACCUCACAACAUCACUGGUAUAAUAACCCAGGGCGGAGGUGCAUUUGACACGUUUGUGUCAAGUUUUUACCUCCAGUUCAGUGACGAUGGGACACAUUGGUAUACCUACCAGGAGCUGGUCACUGAUGCUCGCCCAAGAGCAAAGGUGUUCCUGGGUAACCGUGACGACAGCGGCACAACAGAGGUGCGGCUGGACAGGAUGGUGUCCGCCCGCUUCGUGCGUGUUCUGCCUCACGACUUCCAAAACGGCAUCUACCUGAGAGUGGAGCUUCUGGGUUGUGGAACAGGUGCGUGCACGGAGGCGGCUCGCCGCUGUGACGGAGUUCCCGACUGUCCUGACGGGGCCGACGAAAGGGGUUGCUCCCCCGAGGAACACGUCGCCACAGCGCACCCUGGAGAGGACAGGACCGGGGGGAACGGCAGCGAAGUGCACAUCACGCCCACUCCCUCCCCCCUCAGGACACCCCACAUGGCUGCCGUUACCGCCACAACAGCGGGAGAGCCCAGGCUCCGAGGGCCCUGCACCUCCCCCCUGGGCCUGGAGGACGGGCGCGUCCGGUACGGCCAGCUGACCGCAUCUACGUACCGAGAGAACAACCCCGCCGAUGCUGGGCGCCUCAACAUCGUUCCCAAUGUCCUGAUCAUGGAGCCGGGGUGGAGCCCCCUUCCAGAUGACCCACAGCCGUACUUCCAGGUGGACUUCCUGGAGCCCGUAUGGGUGUCAGGGGUGGUGACGCAGGGCAGCGAACGGAGGACCGAAGGGUACCUCAGCAAAUACCGCUUGGCCUUCAGCCUGGACGAGAUCCAUUUCGCAGACUACACGGAAAACACAGAAAGGGAUGCCCAAGCCAAGGUUUUCAAGGUGCACAUGGUGGGCAGGACUCCUGUCACCCACUGGUUGGACCGCCUGGUGAAGGCCCGCUACCUCCGUAUCAUCCCGGUGGAAUUCCAGCACACGUUUUACUUGCGUGUGGAGAUCCUGGGCUGCGGAGAAGGGACCACAGGAGCCCCUGGUCUCCAGGAUCACACGAGUCCUGCAGGGCGCUGGACCCCGACAACCGCGGGCCCGGGGCUGCACACUAGAGAGCCUCAUGACGGGCAGCCUGGACUGACCACAUCCCUGCCCCUCACCACGGGGCUCCACUCAUUUACCACCACUGGUCCAGGCACUGGGGUGCAGCCGCUGGGCCCCCCUUCUGGACCACCUGGCUUGCUCACAUCCCCAUCAGCAGUAACAGGCCAUCCAGCACCUCCUCCAGGAAUUUUGGUGACGACGGAGCGCCCCCUAGUGCCCAGACCCUGCUCUGCGAAGCAGUUCUCGUGCGGCAGCGGGGAAUGCGUGCACAUGGACCGGAAGUGCGACUUGAAGAGGGACUGUCUUGACGGUUCUGAUGAGAAUGACUGUGUGGACUGUGUGCUGUCAUCCUGGACGCAGUGGAGCCAGUGUAGUGUCACGUGUAGCCUGGGUUCCCUCUUCCGUCAGCGAGAGGUGGUGCGGGAGGCCCGGCCGGGCGGGGAGUGCGGUGGGGCGCUGUUCGACAGCCGCGCCUGCUUCGCACAGGCCUGCCGAGUGGACGGUCAGUGGUCAGAGUGGACCGAAUGGUCCCAGUGCGAUGCCCCCUGUGACGGAGGCGUGCGGAUGAGGAACAGGACCUGCUCGAACCCACCGCCCAAGAACGGCGGGCGUGACUGCGAGGGUAUGACCCUGCAGACACACAGCUGUAACGUCCAGCCAUGUCGGCCCGGCGAAGAGACGCAGAGAGGCUGCAGCAGCGGCAUGGUGCUGGUGACUGAGGAAGACUGCCAGGCUGGUAGAGCAGAGUCCUGCCCUAGAACCUGUAUGAACGUUUCAUCCCAGAGCAACUGCACCCUCCACUGUGUCUCAGGAUGUCGAUGUCCCGCUGGUCAGUACCUGCAUGAGGGGUGGUGUGUGAGAGCCAGCCAGUGCCCUUGCUACUGGGAUGGGAAGGUCCUUCAGCCUGGAGAGAAGCUCAUCAAGGGGAACUGCACCACAUGUGUGUGUCAAGAUGGGCAGGUCUCCUGUGAUGACUCCGCAUGUAAGGCCAGCUGCGACUGGUCGACCUGGUCUUCCUGGGCACCUUGUGACAGUACCUGUGGGCUCGGAGUGCAGCAGCGGUACAGGUCUCCCACGACAGAAACUGAACCCUGCCCCGGCGACUCCGCAGAAGCCCGACAUUGUUUCACCCCUUGUCCUGACCAGCAGGGGGCGGAAUGGGGUGAGUGGACUGCCUGGUCUGAGUGCAGUAAGACCUGUUUCCUGCACGUAGACGAGGUGGGACUUAGGAAGCGAUUCCGCACCUGUAACAGCACAGAAAGCACCCUCUGCCAGGGGGAGGCGGAGGAGCACGAACCCUGCAACACCAUACUGUGCCCAGUGGCUGGCGUGUGGUCGCCCUGGUCGCCAUGGUCCGACUGCUCCUCGGAGUGCGACUCGGGGGCCCAGACCAGAUGGCGCACGUGCAACUCGCCUCCGCCCCAGUACGGCGGGGAAAGGUGCCCUGGGCCGCACAUGCAGACACGGGACUGCAACACGCAGCCCUGCGCAGAGAUUUGUCCCAAAGGGAUGAGCUACAUGACAGCAGAGCAGUGUCACGCCCAGGGAGGGCCGUGUCCACGCGUGUGCCUGGACAUGACGCCCACCGUGCAGUGCGCCACGUCCUGCUACGACGGUUGCUACUGCUCCGCGGGGCUCUACCUGCUCAACAACUCCUGCGUACCCCUGGCCGAGUGUCCCUGCUACCACCGGGGGCUGCUGCACACCCCAGGAACCAGCGUGACCCUGGACGCCUGCAACAACUGCACCUGCAGCGACGGAGAGAUGGACUGCGGCACGGCGCCCUGCCCCGUGGACUGUGGCUGGAGCAGCUGGACCGCAUGGAGCGCCUGCAGCCGGACGUGUGACGUUGGCGUGAGGAGACGGUACCGCUCAGGGACCAAUCCUGCGCCGGCGUUCGGGGGGCGUGCCUGCGAAGGGGACCGAGUCGGGAUGGACACCUGCAGCCUGGAGCCCUGCCAAGGUGCAAAGGAGCCUUGGGGUGCGUGGUCAGAGUGCUCGGUGCCGUGCGGCGGAGGUUACAGGAACCGGACCAGGGGGGUCCCCAGAAUCCAUGGCAUGGCCCAGCAGUUCAGCGCUUGCAACGUGCAUCCAUGCGGACACGAGCCGAGCUGCCCCGGGGAGCAGCGGCGGGUCCCCUGCGUGCAGGGCCCGGUGGCUUGCGUUGACCUGGGGACGCAUCCGGACAACGGAAGCUGCAUCGCAGGCUGUCGGUGUCCCGGCGGCCUGCUGCUCCAGGAUGGGAAGUGUGUCGAGGAGUCUCGGUGCCGCUGCCACGUGGACGGGGAGCAGUAUGAGCCGGGCGACGUCGUCCCCAGCGACUGCAGCAACUGUCUCUGCCUGUGCGUCUGAGCCGGUUCUUCUGCCCACUCCGUCUCCACAGUGGACGGGAACUGGUCUGCCUGGACCCCCUGGAGUGAGUGCGCGGUCUCCUGUGGACCAGGCCUGCGGUCUCGCUAUCGCUUCUGCUCCAAUCCAACACGGUCCGGCACCGGGCUGCCGUGUAUCGGACCCGACCGGCAAGAUGAACUCUGCGUUCAGGCUCCUUGCGACCGUGACGGGGGCUGGGGCGAAUGGACCGCUUGGACAGAGUGCACGAAGUCGUGCGGCGGGGGUGUGCGGAGCCGCAGACGGGAAUGCGACAGCCCGACACCCCAGGGAGACGGAGAUUACUGCGAAGGCCGGAGCACCGAGAUCAGCCCCUGCAACACGGAUCACUGCCCAGUGGCUCCCUGCUCCCAGGUCCCUGGAACUGUGUUCAGUAGCUGCGGUCCCUCCUGCCCGCGCUCUUGUGAUGACCUGGCUCACUGUGAAUGGCACUGCGAGCCGGGCUGCUAUUGCACGGGGGCGCGGGUUCUCAGCAACAACGGAACAUCCUGUGUGGAGAAGGAGGACUGCCCCUGCUUGGACUUGACCGCAGGCCAACGCCUCGCACCCGGGGAAGUGGUGCCGGCCCUGGACGGCUGCAACAACUGCACUUGCGAGGGAGGGAGACUCACCUGCAGCAGACACCCUUGUCCGGCGGACGGCGGCUGGUGCGAGUGGUCCGGCUGGAUGCCUUGCACGCGGACCUGUGGGGCGGAGCGGAUCUCCCGUUACCGUAGCUGCGGGUGUCCGGAGCCGAAAGGGGGAGGGGCGGCCUGCCCCGGGGAGCAGGAGAUCCACGGAGGGGUCGGUGUUCAGAUCCAGAGACAGCCCUGCCCCUCCAUAUCCUUCUGUCCAGUUCACGGGUUAUGGGGGUCCUGGAGCUCGUGGUCCGAGUGCAACGCGUGCGCCGGGGUAUCCGUGCGGAGCCGGGAGUGCAACAGCCCUCCGGCCAGAUUUGGGGGGCUGCCCUGCCUGGGGGAGCGACGCCAGAGUCGCAGCUGCCAUGACAACACCACCAUCUGUUCGGACUGCGGUGGAGGGCAGGAAGAGUGGCCUUGUGGGAAGCCCUGUCCGCGCUCCUGCUCAGACCUCCACGGUGACAGCGAGUGCAUGGACAGAUCAGAGUGCGCACCCUCCUGCGGUUGCCCGGGCGACCUGGUCCUGCAGGACGGCCAGUGUGCGCGGCAAGAGGAGUGCCCCUGCAGGUUCGACAACGGCAGCAAAGGUGAGGGGGGGUCCAGUGGAAUUGACUCAGCCAAUUCCUCAUGGGUGUGGCCUGGUCAUGCAGACUGGUCGUGGGUAGAUCCAGGAGAGAUCAUCGUCACCGCCUGCAAAAACUGCACCUGUGAGCAGGGUGUUAUGCAGUGUCGGUCGGUUCCUGGUUGUCAUGUGGAUGGCGGAUGGAAAUCCGGCCCUUGGUCUGACUGGUCACCCUGGACAACGUGCUCGGUGAGCUGCGGGGGUGGGGAGCGGUCGCGGACACGUGUGUGCCGCUUGCCCCCGUGCGUAGGUGUGGCUCGGCAGAGCAAGACCUGUAACACUCACGUGUGUCUUGAGGUGGGCUGUCCGCCUGGCCGUCUGUACCGGGAGUGUGAGUGGGGGGAGGGCUGCCCCUUCAGCUGCGCCCAGGUCAGCGGACAAGAGGGCUGCUACAACGACGGCUGCGAGGAGGGCUGCCACUGUCCCCCUCGAACCUACCAGCACCGGGGAUCCUGUAUGCAGGAGUGCCCCUGCAAGGUGGACGCAGAGCUCCUCUCGUCACUGCGCAACAUUUCGGCGAUCGCUGACCCUCAAGAUGCCGGAGGCCAAAACCUGACCGAGGGGGCGGAGCUACAGUCCGGAGAUGUACUGACACAUGAGUGCAGUUCCUGCUCUUGUCAGCAUGGUCGGUGGAACUGCUCCCUCACUCCCUGCCCCGUGCAUGGGGGUCUGUCCCCGUGGGGCCCUUGGAGCCCCUGCUCGCUGUCGUGUGGGGGCGUUGGGCAGAAAUUCCGCACCAGGAGCUGCACUAACCCAACCCCAGCACACGGAGGCCAGGACUGCCAGGGGACACUGCAGGAGAACACCUACUGCCAGGCUCCAGACUGCCCAGAUGAGAAUGCAGGAUUUUCUCCUUGGACCACUUGGAGCCCAUGUUCUCGGUCCUGCAGCGAUAUUGAAACCCCAGCCUGGAAGUCACGACAUCGGGAGUGUGUCCUGCCACCCUGUGCUGGGGAGCUCCAUCAGGAAAGAGCCUGUAAUCUGCCCCAGUGUCCUGACAGGGGACCUUGUCAGGGAGAGGAAUGUGCAGACAGGAAUUGCUCUUGGACGGAGUGGGCUGCUUGGGGUGCAUGCUCUCGCUCCUGCGGCGUCGGGCAGCAGCAGCGCCUACGGACCUAUGUGGCACCUGGUACUAACGGGUCCUGGUGUGAAGGCAUCCUGGGGGGAAAUGUCGAGAGCCGCUUUUGCAACAUCCGAGCAUGCCGAGUGAAUGGGGGCUGGUCCCGCUGGAGCCCCUGGUCUGUUUGUGACAAGCCAUGCGGGGGUGGACGAUCCCUCCGAACACGGUCCUGCUCUAACCCUCCUCCCAAGAAUGGGGGGCAAAACUGUGACGGGGACAAGAACCAAGUGAAGCCGUGUAACACCAGACCCUGCGAUGACAAAGGGUGUCCACCAGGACAGGAGUUUGUACCAUGUGCUAACGGGUGCCCACAGCGUUGCUCUGACCUGCAACAGGGCAUCCGGUGCCAGGGGAGCAGCGAGUGCCAGGCUGGAUGUCGCUGCCCUCCAGGUCAGCUGGAGCAAGACGGCGUCUGCGUACACACCUGGCAAUGCGACUGCACCGACGCUCUGGGUCGCAGCUGGGCUGCUGGCAGCUGGCACAGGGACGACUGCAACAACUGCAGCUGCACGGAUGGGCUCCUCUCCUGCACCAACCACAGCUGCACCCGGGUCAGCUGCACCUGGAGCACCUGGUCCGCCUGGGCGCCCUGCAGCACCUCCUGCGGGCCGGGCGUGAGAACACGUUUCAGGUCACUGAUCCCGAACUCUCUGGAUGCAGACUGCGAAGGCGAGGAGGUGGAAAGAAAACCAUGUGACCCAGGGCUGUGCCCACCCCUUUGUGUCCAUGACGACCGCGAGCUCUCAGUGGGAGACACAUGGCUACACGGGGAGUGUCAGCAGUGUACCUGCACCCCCGAGGGAGACUACUGCCAGGACAUAGAGUGUCGAGUGGAUGGUGGGUGGACGCCCUGGUCUGUCUGGUCGGACUGCCCGGUGACCUGCGGGCACGGGACACAAAUCCGGACCCGGGCCUGCGUAAACCCACCACCACGUAACAACGGCACUGAGUGCCCUGGUCCUGAAAGAGAAGCCCAGAACUGCCACACCCCACCUUGCCUUGAUGACCUUUGCCCCUGGUCCCCAUGGUCCGCGUGCUCCCGUAGCUGCGGUGCAGGGGUGAUCUUGCGGCGCCGGAGGUGCAUCUGUGCAGAGGAGGGCGACACCUCCUGUCCGGCUGAGGUGGAGGAGGAGCAGAACAGGGAGGAGACCCAGCUCUGUUACAGGCAGCCCUGCCCAGACUGCCCGAUGUCUGAGUGGAGCGAGUGGACGCAGUGCUCCUGCGUGGCUCCGAGGCAGCAGCGAUACCAAACACCGCUCUCUCCCGCCAUCAAGGGACAGCAAUGCCCAGAGCUCCUCACCCAGAGCAGGAGCUGUGAACCUGGAAGCUGCCAGGAGUGCGAGGAGCCGUUCCAGUAUCUUGAGUGUGGCUCACCAUGUGAGAAGAUGUGUUCAUUGCAUGACCACAAGGAGGAGUGCGUAGGGUCUGCCGCGUGCACCCCUGGCUGCUACUGUCCUCAGGGCCUGCUACAGCAGAACGGAACCUGCGUUGCGCCCGCGCAGUGCGGUUGCGUGGCCCUCCUUCACCACAGCGUCGAGAGGCCCGUGUCCCUUACCGUCCCACAGGGGGCACAAGUGACAGUUGGUUGCAGUACCUGUCUCUGUCAGGACGGCGGACUGCGGUGCGACAGCCGUGAGUGUGAGGCAUCCCCGAGCGAGUGGUCCGAGUGGACCCCCUGCUCCCCGUGCGUGCCGCCGUCCUCCCCGCGGUUCGCGACGGCGCCCCCGGACGCCGCCCGGCUCGUGUCGGUCCAGCGGCGGUACCGCACCUGCCUGGACCUGGACUCCGGGCUGCCGGUCAGCGAGGAGACGGGACGCUGCAGCGGGGAGAUGGAGGAGGAGCGGCUGUGCCCGGACCCUGCUGCCUGUCAAGACCUUUGCCAGUGGAGUGCGUGGGGCCAUUGGAGCUCGUGCCUGGACCCCUGCAGCGGGGGCUUCCGUCAGCGCAGCAGAGAGGCCCGGGCCUCCCCGGAGGGACCCCGGUGUCGUGGGCAACGCUCCCAGACACAGAGCUGCAACACGGCCCUCUGCCCAGGAGAGCGGUGUGAGGACCGGGGACGCACUUACCACGCAUCCUGUGCCAACCAGUGUCCCCGCAGCUGCGCAGACCUGUGGGAACACGUGCAGUGUCUGCAGGGAGCCUGCCAGCCGGGGUGUCGAUGCCCAGAUGGGCAGCUCAUGCAAGGCGGACGCUGCGCUCGAGCGUCCGAGUGCCGCUGCGGCGUCCCCGUCGAGAAUGGCACCCUUGAGAUCGAGCCUGGAGAGAACGUGACCGUUAACUGCAAUACCUGCACGUGCAAGAACGGCUCUCUGGCCUGCAGCAACCUACCCUGCCCCGUCUAUGGCCCCUGGGGACCCUGGAGCGCCUGCUCCUCCACCUGCGGGAGUGGGAGCAGGAGCCGGACUCGACGGUGCCAGGAUACAGAAGGAGGACCACCCUGCAUGGAUACCGUGCAAGAACAGCCCUGUCUGCUGCCCCCAUGUCCAGCGGGCUGCAUCCUCAGCGAGUGGUCUGCCUGGAGUGCGUGCAGCACCUCCUGUGGCGGAGGACUAUCAGUGCGGAACAAGACAAUUCUACAGGAGCCUGAGCUGGGGGGGCAAGACUGUCCCUCGCCCUUAGAGCAACACAGUGCCUGUAAUACAAACAGCUGUGAGCCAGAGUGCCCUGAGGAUCAGCUGUUCAGCAUCUGUGCCAAUUCCUGUCCCUACACCUGUGAAGACCUGUGGCCCGAGACCCAGUGUGUGCCAGGACCCUGCCACCCAGGGUGCACCUGUCCACCAGGGAAGGUUCAGCAUGGAGGAUCCUGCGUGCCCCACGGCGAAUGUCCCUGCUCAUCCCUCUUUCUGCACGGUCUCUGGAACCUCACUGAUGAUUAUCAUCGGGAUGUGAUUCCUGCUGGAACGGUCAUACAGUGGCUCUGCAACGCCUGUGUUUGCCAGGAGGGUAUGUUUAACUGCACCGACGAAUCCUGUGAUGUGGAUUGUCAGUGGGGGGACUGGUCUGAGUGGGGGCCCUGCUCUGCAACCUGUGGUUCCGGAGAGCAGCGAUCAGAACGGACAGAGUUUCGGAGUCGACAGUAUGGAGGGGCAGAGUGUGAGGGUCCCGCAUGGCGCACCAGGCCCUGCCAGGCACAGGACUGCGCAUGUCCUGUGGGAGAGCGAUGGAGGAGAAGUGCGCCGGGGGUGAAUGUACCCCCAUGUGAGAGGAGCUGUGGUGAAAUGUACCAGACCACACCCCCAGAGUGCGGCGGUCCAGGAAAGAGAGAGGGCUGCAUGUGCCAGGAUGGGCGGUACCGAAACGCUGAGGGCGAGUGUGUGAUCGCUGCACUCUGCGAGUGUGAAGAUGAUGGAGUGCAACGAAAGGCCGGUUCCGAGUGGGUAAAGGGGUGCCAGACUUGCCGCUGUGUCAAUGGCCUGACGCAGUGCCAGCUGGGAUGCCCCUUGCUGCAGUGCGAGGAGGGUGAGGUGAAGGUAGAGGAACCAGGAAGCUGCUGCCCAGUCUGCAGGAAGGAAUUCCCUGGGGAACCAGAGGCGCAGUGUCGCCGCUACACUGAGGUCAGGAACAUCACUAAGGGAGACUGUCGUCUUGACAACGUGGAAGUCAGCUACUGCAGGGGGCGCUGUUUGUCUAGGACUGAUGUCAUUCUCGAGGAGCCCUAUCUGCAGGCUGCGUGCGACUGCUGCAGCUACAGGCUGGACCCUGACAAUCCUGUGCGCUUCCUCAGCCUGCGCUGUGAAAGUGGAGACAGUGAGCCCGUGGUCCUGCCUGUCAUCCACAGCUGUGAAUGCACCAGCUGCCAGGGUGGGGACUUUUCCAGACGCUGAUUAUACUUAGAGGGACAGGUGGACAUCCCUGGACAGCCCGUGCUCUCUGCGCUUCCGGAGCCCUUGAAUGAUUUUGCGCUGUAGAUUGUAGUCAUUAUAUGACUGAUUUUUAUAUUAUAGAGUGCUUUAUGAAACUCUCUGAGGUCCUUAAUCUGUACAGCUUUUCCUUAUUCUGCCAAUAAAUAUAAAGCG